UAAAAUAACAAUUGUAUAUUAAUUGUGGAGAUGUUUCUACAUAUACAUAAUAUUAAAACUUAUGGAAAAUAAAUAAAUGUUUAAAUCGGAACCAAUGCAUGCAAGUCUCCAAGUCCAAUAAAAAACAUUUGACACACUUCCACAGAAACAAGAUUUGAUUCUCUUAAUUUUUAACAUUCCAAUAAAAAAAAAGUCAGACCUUUUACAUUCCACUAGCAUCCAACAUUUAUUACUCAGGUUUUAAAAACGUUUUUCGGUUUUGAAACAAAAACUCAUAUUUCAUCUUCCAUCUUACUUACUACUCAUCUUCCAUCUUUCUUACCACUCAUCUUUCAUCUUCCUUACCACUCACCUUUCAUUUUCCUUCUUCUAUUCAAGUCAUAGAACAAAAAUUUAAUAACCAUGGUUGCAUACAUAGAAGAAUUGAAUUAGACAAAGAAGAGAAUGAGUAUUGCUGUGAAAAUACUCCGGCUGUGGACACCACAUCUAAUAUUCGGAGAACCCAUCUAUAAAUGUUUGAUUUUGGUGGAUGAAAAGGGUAAAAGAAUAGAUGCUAAAAUCCAAGCUCGCCAUUACUUCGAUCUAUUCGUAGACAUAUUGGACCAAGGAGAGUGGUUUCUUUUUUAUAGGUUCAAAGUGAGAGAAAGCCAGCAAGAGUCAAGGAACUCAAACAAUCAAUUCGAAAUAUUGAUUACAUGCAAAACAAAGAUCACCCCAAUACCUCCCAGGUCUUCAAACAAUUUUUUUAAUUUAACAGAUGGAACAAAGUUUGAAAAUGCUACACCAGAUGAGAGAAACUGUUGUGUUGAUUUUUGUGGAAAGGUCUUGACAGUAGGAGAACGUCGCUAUAUUAGUUUCCUUGAUUACGAAGGUGGAUACAAUGGUCAGAAGAAUGUAGUUCCUUUAACGGUUAUAGACAUCGAUGGCAAGGAGAUUGAUUGUAUUGCAGUAGGUGAAACCUGCUUGGAAUUUAUGUAUAAAAUGGAUAGGAUAGUUGCAGACCCUACCUAUGAAGGUGAACCAAUAAUGUGUAUGCUAAUGUUUUGGAGAACCUCUUCCUUUGCAGGUAAUCAUUGUCUAAUGUCUCAAAUGAGAUGUUCAUAUGUUUUUCUUGGUGACGAAGUCCAAGAAUUUACAAGAGAUCCCGCACUAGUUUAUUAUUACGAGUCAUCAGAUGAUGAGGAUUAUGAAGGAACCGAAGAAGAAGAGAUCGAUUCUUCUUAGUAGUUGUAGUUGCCAAAUCUUCGUAUCAGAUUAAGUGGAGAAGAAGAGAACAAGAAGAGAGCAAAUAUCAAGAUGGUGGUCAAGAAAUUGUGGGACAUUGAAAACGGCGAGUACUUUUUAAUAGUAUGUUGAAUAUGUUGGUGUAAUUCUUCAGCUUUAAUUGCAGAGGAUAAUGAACUCUAUCAUCCCUACUAUUAUUGUUGGAUUCUAAAUUUAUGUG